AUGGCUGCAGAUGAAUGUAGCAUUAGAGUUGUAUGUCGUUUUCGUCCGUUAAAUGAUUCAGAAGAACGUGCCGGAAGUAAAAAUGUUGUGAAGUUUCCAACUGAUCAAGAUGAAACCGUUCUUAUAAGUGGCAAAGUUUAUGUAUUUGACAAAGUAUUUCGGUCUGACGCUACUCAAGAAAAAGUGUACAAUGAAGCUGCUAAAGAAAUUGUCAAAGAUGUAUUGAGUGGAUACAAUGGGACAAUAUUCGCUUAUGGACAAACAUCCAGCGGGAAAACACAUACAAUGGAGGGUGUGUUAAACAAAGAGAAUGAACAAGGUAUAAUUCCAAGAAUUGUUCAAGAUAUAUUUAAUCAUAUUUACACGUUGGAUUCGAAUCUUCAGUUUCAAAUAAAAGUUUCUUAUUUCGAAAUAUAUCUUGAUAAGAUUCGUGACUUAUUAGACGUGUCAAAAACUAAUCUUGCUGUUCAUGAAGAUAAAAACAGAGUUCCAUACGUCAAGGGAGUCACUGAGCGUUUCGUCUCGUCACCUGAAGAAGUCUUUGAAACAAUUGAAGAUGGAAAAACAAAUCGUCAUAUAGCCGUGACAAAUAUGAAUGAGCAUAGUUCUCGCUCACAUUCUGUUUUCUUAAUCAAUGUCAAACAAGAAAAUGUGGAAACAGAGAAAAAAUUAACAGGAAAACUCUAUUUAGUUGAUCUGGCUGGUAGUGAAAAAGUAUCAAAAACUGGUGCCGAAGGACAGGUGUUGGAUGAAGCGAAAAAUAUUAAUAAAUCCUUAUCCGCACUUGGAAACGUUAUAUCAGCAUUAGCCGAUGGAACGAAAUCUCAUGUACCUUAUCGUGAUUCAAAAUUAACUCGAAUACUACAAGAAUCGUUGGGCGGUAAUGCACGUACAACAAUAAUUAUUUGUUGCUCGCCAGCUAGUUUUAAUGAAUCAGAAACAAAAUCAACACUCGAAUUUGGAAAACGGGCUAAAUGCAUAAAAAAUUCCGUUAUGGUUAAUGAAGAAUUGACAGCUGAAGAAUGGAAACGUCGUUUUGAAAAAGAACGUGAAAAGGUAGCUCGUCUCAAAGGACAGCUUAGUCGAGCAGACGCUGAAUUAGAACGAUGGAGACGGGGCGAAACUGUGACCAAAGAUGAACAAGUGAAUUUACUUGAAACUGAUGAGUCAUUAUUAGCAAUUUCGUCGACACAAUCCAUGUCAUCGUUAGCUUCAGCAGCUGCUUUAACAACACCAACCGUUGGAAUACUUGCUGCAAGUGCUGCGUCUGUUGCAGCAACUGGCUCAGUGGUUCCAGUUCUCGCCGCUAACAUAGAAGAGUGGGAUAAAGAACGAACAACGUUGUAUCAACAAUUAGAUGAGAAGGACGAUGAAAUCAACAACCAAUCACAAUUAAUCGAACGCCUUAAAUUACAAUUGACUGAACAAGAUGAAGGCUUUAACCAAGCAAAAAAAGAUAAUGAAAAUUUACAAGCCGAAUUAAAUCGUUUACAACAAGAAAGUGAAUCGUCAAAAGAAGAAGUCAAAGAAGUAUUACAAGCAUUAGAAGAAUUGGCUGUCAAUUAUGAUCAAAAAACACAAGAGCUUGAAACGAAGAGUAAAGAAAAUGAAAAUUUAGGACAAGAACUAGAUGCAAAAUUAACAUCAUUAAAUGGUAUACGUGAAGAGCUUGAGAGUCUUCGUGAAGCAUCGCAAGCACAACGUAAACGUUUUCUUGAUAUGAUUCUUGUAUUAUUGCGUGAUGUUGGCGAUAUUGGCAGUGUCAUGGGCGGACAGAUGAAUGAACAAAAAAAACCAACAAUUGAAAAUCUUGAUCAAGCUGAGGAAGAAUUUACGCUUGCUCGAUUGUAUAUGAGUAAAUUGAAAACAGAAGCACGCACUGUCACUGGACGUUUAACUGAUUUAGAAGUGGAAAAAGUCAAUCAUCAAAAAGGAAUUGAGUUUAAAGAUAAAGAAUUGGAUGAAUCACGUUUACUUAUACAACAACAUGAAGCAAAAAUGCGUUCAAUGUUAGAAACAAUGAAAGAAUUGGAAGAGAAAAAACGAAAUUUAGAACGUACACAUGAUACAAUUAAUGAAGAAUUAGUUAAAUUACGAGCGCAUGGUGUUGUUAUUGGCACUGGUGGUUCAACAUCCGAUGUUCAAAAAGAACUCAAUCAACAAAUGGAACAAAUUAGCGGACAACAUCAAAAACAAUUGACAACGUUAAGAGAUGAAAUACGUUCAAAAGAAUCUCAGAUGGAAAUAUUGAAAGAUACACUACAAAAACUACAACUAUCGUAUGAAAAAUUGACAGGCGAUUUUGACAAAUUGAAAAAAGAAGAGAAUGAAAAAUCAAGCAAAUUACAAGAGAUGACUUUACAACAAGAACGACGUGAACAAGCCAAGCAAGACUUGAAAGGUCUGGAAGAAACAGUAGCAAAAGAAUUACAAACUUUACAUAAUUUACGAAAGUUGUUCGUACAAGAUUUGCAAGCACGUUUGAAAAAGUCACAAAAACAGCCUGAGGCAGAAGAGGAUGAUCUUGGUGGUAGUGCUGCGCAAAAACAAAAAAUAUCAUUUUUAGAAAAUAAUCUCGAUCAAUUGACAAAAGUUCAUAAACAGCUUGUUCGCGAAAAUGCCGAUUUACGUUGUGAAUUACCGAAAUUAGAGAAACGUCUUAAAGCUACAAUGGAUCGCGUUAAGUCGUUAGAACAAGCGUUAAAAGAAGCGAAAGAAAGUGCAAUGAAAGAUCGUAAACGUUAUCAAUGCGAAGUCGAUCGUAUUAAAGAAGCCGUUAGACAGCGUAAUCUUGCACGUCGAACAAACACAGCACAAAUUGUGAAACCAAUACGUGCGGGUCAGAAUCCUUCAACUAUUACAUCAACACCAAUUCCAACCAUUCGCGGUGGUGAUCACUCUGCAGAACCGUAA